GGAACGGGAAGAGGCGGGGCUUUUCAAACAGAGAUGGUGGCCGUGAUGAUCCCGUGUGUGUAACAGGCCUGCUAGUAGUGUUACAUUGGUGUUAGAGGCCCCGUGCGCUGCGGCUGCUGCUAGACGGUCUUCUCGUUUUAAGAGGAAAGAUGCAAAGUCUAGCCGCACAAGUCACUAGCAGCUUGCUGCAAUUUCCUGAGACCACAAUAGUAGCUCUUCAGGAGGAUGAAAUUAACUUGGAAUCUGUCUUGCGUGCAAAGUUUACCACAGGGCGAGCUGGGCUAGCUUGGCUCGCAUGUGGACCCCAACUGGAAGUAACCAAUUCUGUAACAGGGGAAAGACUUUCUGCAUAUUGUUUUAGCACAGUGACUGAAAGACUUCCUACCGUUGUGACAGUCAAAGAGUUUUACUGGCAGAAGAGGACAGGACUUCUUGUGGGUCUAGUUGAAGCAGAAGGCAGUAUUCUUUGCUUGUAUGAUGUUGGUGUCUCCAAAGUUGUCAAAGCUGUCGUUCUUCCUGGAUCGGUAACUUGUGUUGAACCCCUAGUAAAUGAUGGAGGAGCCAGUGCAACCACUCAGCAUCUACACCAGAGUCUAAGAUGGUUCUUUGGGGUUGCAGCCGUGGUUACAGAUGUUGGACAUGUUCUUCUUAUUGAUUUAUGUUUAGAUGAUGUAUCUAACAAUCAAGAUGAAUUGGAAGCAUCAGACCUUGAAGUCAUUAGUGGGAUACCUGCAGAAAUCCCCAAACUUCGAGAAGCUGCUAAUAGAGAGAGACGACACUUGUGCCUUCAGUUACUGGCCCCAUCAGGAACCGCUGUCACCACCGUCGGCUAUAUAAGUAGAACUAACCAGCUGGCUGUAGGAUUUUCUGAUGGAUACCUCUCUUUAUGGAACUUGAAAACUUUAAGACGAGAAUACCAUGUUCAGAUUGAAGGAGGUAGAGUUCCUGUGUUUUCAGUUACCUUUCAAGAACCUGAAAAUGACCCCAGAAACUGCUGUUACCUUUGGGUGGUUCAGACAAGUCAGAGUGGCAGGGAUUUAAGCUUUCAUUUGCUGCAGUUGGCUUUUGGUGACAGGAAAUGCUUACCAUCUGGACAAAUCGUGUAUGAGAACUUGGAGUACUGCGAGGAAAGGUACACCCUGGAUCUUUCAGCUAAUGCUUUGUAUUUGAGAGGUCAGACAAACGGCAUGAAGUUAUUGGGCUGCCAGACCAUAGAAAAAUUCCGUUCUCAUAGUGAAAAAGAAGAUGGUCUCCAUGAUGUUACGUCGCCUGAUACCAGUGUGUCAAUUUUUAGCUGGCAAGUUAAUACUUACGGACAAAAUAAGCCUUCGAUUUACAUGGGAGUGUUUGAUAUAAAUCGUUGGUAUCAAGCUCAAAUGCCGGAUUCUUUGAGGCCUGGUCAGUUUCUCAGAAACUGUUCAUAUUUUGCGUUCUGGUCUCUUGAAGCUUUGACAAAUAUCACCGAAGACUCCAUAUUUGACAUUCUUGUGCAUGAGCGUAGUCUGAGUAGAGGAGUUCCACCUUCAUAUCCACCUCCAGAACAGUUCUACUUUCCAAGCACCUAUAAUUUUGAUGCUACUUGUCUGUUGAGUUCUGGAGUUAUCCACAUCACGUGCACUGGCUUUCAGAAAGAGACCCUGCACUACUUAAAGAAUUCUGGAUCUUCUUUAAAUGAAGAAAUUCCUGAUGGCUAUAACAGGUGCUUAGUAGCUGGUCUUCUUUCUCCAAGACUUGCGGAUGUUCAGCCUUCCAGCUUGACUCAGGAAGAACAGCUACAAGCUGUCUUAUCAGCUGCAGUUGAAACUAGCUCUAUCAGUCUUUUAACCCGUUGUAUCAAGCAGUGGAUUGAAGAAGAGCAACCGAGAUCUGCCCCAAACCUCCGCUUUGUACUUAAAUGGACGUGGGAUAAAGUGGUCCUUACGAAAAAAGAUUUUGACAGACUCUGCGCCACGCUAUUUGAUGGUUCAUGCAAUUUUAUGGAUUCUCGGACACUGCAGUCUCUACAGCACUGUCACCUGCGCCUUACUAACCUUACAACAGUGCUGAACUGUUUUAGGAAAGAGGCCAAAGAGCUCACAAAACAAGGAGUAAUUGACUUGACCAACAAGCUUUCUGUGACCAGGCUCUUAUCUCAGUAUGCCUCUGUAGUCCUUUGGUUUUGUCGUUGCGGUCUUCUACCAGAUAACCAAGAUGAAGCCAUGCAGUUGACCAGACCAUACUACAAUUUCCAACUAAUGCAGCACUACUAUGAAGAGCGUCGGAAAAAGUUGGAGCAUCUGGCUAGCAGAGGUAAAUGGAACGCUUCUACCUUGAUGGUUGAUAACAUGAUGUGCCAGCUUGGAGAAAGAGUCGAGCAUUUGUGGAAGAGAGAUGAAGGUGGCACAGGCAAAUAUCCACCUGCUACAUUACAUGCGCUUCUGGACUUGUACCUACUAGAAGAUGCAGAUGUAAUGAACAAGCAUGCUAUUAUAGUUUACUUUUUGCUGGAUGUGAUGUACUCCUUCCCAGAUAAACCAGAUUCCUCCAUAGAAUCAUUCCCUACAGCCUUUUCUGUACCCUGUGGUCUAAUAAAGCUUAUUCAAGGCUUUUGGCUUCUGGAUCAUAAUGAUUAUCAGAAUUCAGUGGACUGUAUUCUCCAUCCGGCUGCAAGUAGGGUAAUGACAUGGCAGCACAAUCUGAUUAUAGAGACCUUAAUGUGCCAGUUAGAGUAUCGACAAGCCCUGCGCUAUAUUCAGGUUAUCAAGCCUCCAAUAUCCAACAGCUCAGAGGUCAAACUUCACAUGACUGUAUUUUUAGCCAACAGGCACAUUUUUGAGGCUUGGAAUCUGCAGAAACUUCACUCUAGCCGACUGAAUGUAGAAGAGUUGCUGAAGCAUAUGUAUGAAACCUGUCAAGAAAUGGGGCUUAUGGAAGACUUGCUGAAGCUCACCUUUACAGAUUCUGAGCAAGACUAUUUGCAUAAGUAUUUACACACAAAUGGAGGGGUGCAGAAUCAAGAGCUCCUUUUGGUUCAUCAUUUGCAGAGAGCAAAUUACAUCCCAGCGCUGCAGCUAAACCAGUUACUGAAAAAUUAUCACCUGAAUGAUUGUGAUAGACGUCAGCGAGAGAGAGCAUUGGCCAGAAAGUCUAUACUGGAUCAGUAUGGCAAAAUACUACCAAGUGUGCAGCAAACUCUGGCAAGUGAUAGGGCCAGGCCUUAUCCAUCUAUUAUUUGGAAGAAAGUUACAAGACCAAAGCCUUUAUCUACUGUUGCAAAACAGGCUCCUGCAGGAAAUGUGAUCACUGAAGCAAAUUUUAUCCACAAUGUGCUGAUGAAAAUAAAGGAAGUGUCUGCGGCUAGUGAGAACAGAGACUUCUCCCCUUACAAGAGUUUAACAGAUGAAAGCUCUAUUCCCGUUUCUCAAGUAACUGAAUUGGAGAUGCCUGAUUCUUUUGUUGGUACACCAAUAUUGAAAUCCAAGAGAGACUCUAGGUUAUUGGGCUCUCUUGUUCACCCUAUCUUGGCAGAGCCCGCAUUUGACGAAGAUAUUGCAAUUGUCAGUUGUAAAACACCUCGCAGAGCUUCUGUCUUGCUGACUUCGAGUCCUGUUCAAUCAAGUUUUCUCAAAUCUACACAGUUAAAAAAUCUUUCCAAAGCAUCUGAAUUUAACUUGUUGGAGACACCCCUUGUGGUAAAGAAGGCAAAAGCCUUACUGGCAAGCACAGGAUCUUCGAGUUUUAUUGCAAACACUCCUCAAUCUAUUUUGCGGUCCAGUGCACGCACAACUCCUUUGGCCUCUCCUUCAGUAUCCCCUGGAAGAUCAGUCUCACCUCCUUUACGAUCCAAGGAAAUAAAAAUUUCUUUUAUCGAGCAGAUUAGUAAAAAAUAUACCAAAGGGAUCUUGGCAACUGAGCAAGAAGAACCCACCGCCUCCCUUGUUCUAAGUUCUGGUCAAGAGACUAUGUGGGCAGAGAGAGUGGCUAUACUUACACAAAAUAAUGCUGCCGCUGACAUUGAAGAAAUGGAUGAGUCUUCAUCUGGAAUUCAAGAUGGAAGCCCAAGCAAAAUGGAUGUCAGCAAUGUGUCUGCAAGGUCUGACCAGACAACACUAGAGUUUCAUGAUGCGCCAACACCUGAGGACUUGGAGGAUGAACUUAUUUUAACAACUAAACUUCAUUCUUCAGUUAGCGAUCAGCGGGUACAGACUGAUAUAGACAGUGUAGUAGUAACUGAAGAUGUACAAGCAGCUAUAGAAAGUCUGGAGACACAACACAGAGACUAUGUAAUUACAGAAGGUCCUUUUGUGCAUGAAAGUGAACCAGAAGUACCACAGAAGUUACCAGUAGUCCAACAAGACCCUGAUAUGCUGGUUGACAGUGUUGUAGCUCCAGUGGAAGACUGCACACAGGCUACUGAAAGUGAGAUGAAACCAGAUUCCUCAACCUCUGUCUCUGUGAUUAGUGUUCAAGACAGCGAAGACAUUGUCAAUGCGCAUUUUGAAUUUCUUGACAAAGAAAAGGACCAUGAAACUGAGCUGCAGAUCGUGGAGGAAAAUGUUCUAAUUGUUGAGGAAAUUCCUGCUGCCACCGUUCCUCACUUUGUGGAAGUUCAGAAUUUGAAUGACGAAGUGAAUAUUGAAGUCCCUGAACCAGAAGUAACAUAUCAGCCUGCAGCUUCGGUAAAUCUUGAUGAGGAGAAUAAGGUUGAUGAAUAUUGCAACAAUCCUGAAUCUGCUAAUGAUGAUGAACAUUCUGUGGAUGCUAGAACAGAUGUUAAAGACGAACAUUCUGUAGUUCCGAAUAAUUUUUCAUUGGUUCUUGAAGGAGAUCCUGGGGAUGAGGACUAUGCAGAGCUGGAACCAUUGAAAGCAGAUGAACCUAGUGGUGAAACUUUAAAAGAACCAUCAGAGGAUUCAUGCGAGCCUAAUGAUGAAAAGAUCAAUUUAGGAGAUGCCGUUAGUAAUGCUGAAAGUUGUCAAAGUAACUUGACUCUUUGUUGCACUGAGGAAGGGGCUAAGAUUACGGAAACACUUCCUUAUAUGCCUGAGCCAGUCAAGGUUGCCAUUACAGAAAACUUGCUUUAUCUCAAAGAAACCAGAAGUAAGGAUUUUGUAGCAGAAGUUAGCGAUUCACUUUAUGAAAAUGAAUCUGUAAAGAAACUCAGAAAUGUGCACACUGUCACUAGCUCACCUGUAAGGAAAGUGAACAAAACAAACCAUGAAGAUCUUACCGCUGAUACUGUCAUAAGGAUAACACCACAACCUGAAAAAUCAGAUGAGCAGAAACUUGAUUCAGAUGAACUGCAGACCUCUCCAAGUGAAAACAAGACUACAUUAAUAAAACCUCCAACUCCUCGCAGAAGUGUAAGGAAAACUACAAAGGUACCAGACACCAUUAAUGAUUCUGAACUUCCAAUUCCCACAACUCCUAAAAGAGGUGGUAGAAAAGCCAAAGAUAAUCCAGAAAACUUGGGUACAGCUUUAGCAACCUUACAAGAGGAACAGCAACCUAUUAUCACAAGAAUUUCCAGAAGGACAAAAAGUUCAGCUUCUGAUAAACCUGAGUCCACAGAAAAUGAAGCAGUCACAGAAGAAACUGUGACAAAACUGCCAUUUUCUCCUGCCAGAACACGUAGAGGAAAAGCUGCUGUGCUGGAUGAUCAAAGAAACACGGGAGACAUUGUGGAUCAACAGAUGCCUACAACUCCUACCAGAAUUACUAGAUCAUCUAAAGUGGCGCAAGAGAAUGAAAAUGAACAAAGCAUUGAGAAUGUUGAAAUUCAACCACUUGUUACUACACCUACAAGAGGUCGAAGAGGAAAACGUGCUGUGAAUGAGUUGGUCAAACAGUUUGAGCUUGGUGCCUUUCAGGCAAGUAACAAAACUGACUCCAGCCCACCUGUUUCUCCUAAAAAGGUGUCUUUAAGAUGGUCUAAAAUCAGGUCACAAAAUCAGAUAGAUCAAAAAUGUGCUGAUGAAGAUAAUGUAACAACACAAGAGGUUGUUGCAGGCACUCCUAGAAAAACGGCAAAAAAGUCUGUCCGUAAAGUAGAUGUAGAGGAUUCCCCUGAAGUUGCAGAGGGACAGAAGAGAGCGACCCGUUUAACAAGGACUAGAUCGAACACUGUUUCAAAGCCUGAAACCACUUCUGUUGAAUUUGCAUUCUCUACCCCUACACCAAGACGUAGAAAGAAUGCGAAAGCCGAGCAAACGGCUCCUCCUGUUUCUCCAGAUGAGACGCCAGUACCAAUGUCUUCGGAGUACAUGUUUUCUCCACCAUCUUUGAGGGCAAGACGGUCAACUAGGACAACUGCCUCUGCUAGUGUAACACUGAAAAGAAAGGACGUAACAGUUGAAGUGUCACAAGAGACAAUACCCAUAGUUCCUGAAAAAACUGUAGUCAAGCAACCAAGAGGCAGACCUCCAAAACACAGAGUGAAGAAAGACCAGCCAGAAGAUAAAGCAGCCUGGUCUCCACCCCCUGUAAAGAUUCAGCUGCUUUCACCUCCAGAAAGCCCAUCUGGUGAUUCAGAAAGUGCAAAACCCUUGUCUUUAGAAACUAAAGCUGCUGAAAGAAACCAGUCGAGGAAAACAAGGAGAAGGAUAGUUGCAUCCAAACCAGUCACUCGCAGGAAGAUCAGAUGAUUGUUUCUUGGAACAUUCUUAAUUUUAAUGUGUUGUGUAAGAUAAACACUGUAAAAUAUUGAAAUAAAACUGUUGACUGGGAGAAUAAUUUAUAUAAAUUAUUGUAAAUGGUCUUAAAAGCUCAAAACAUAAUAUUUCAUUGGAUAACAUUAUCUUCCCAGACAAAACUACUUUUUCUAUUUUGUAUUGCUUUUUUAAACAUGUAUCUAUAGCUUCUUGAUAUGUUAAAUAAAAUAAUGAACAAUA